AUGGAAUUAGAUGGUGGAGAAAUGGGAGAAGGGGAGGAUGUAUUAGGGCAAUUAGCAAAAAUAGUAGGAGGGUCAAGGGAUAAAGGAAAAGGAGAUAUGGGAUUUAGAAAAGUAGAAGGAGGUGCAAACGGAAGAGAGAAAAUAGAGAGAGAUGGGGCUGUGGAAGAAGGAGAGAGAGAGAUAAAGAGGUGGAAGUACCAGACAUUUGGGAAGAUGAUACUAGGUGAAGAGAGGGUUUCUAAUGGUUUUUCCGUUUUUGGGGAGAUUUUGAAGAAUGGUUUCACUCCAUAUGUUGUGACUUUUAAUUUUUUGAUCAAAGGUCUGUGUGUAGAGGGAAAGAUUAUAGAGUCGAUUGAAUUGUUUAAAAAAAUUGUUGCUGUUGGUUGUAGGCCUACUGUGAUUACUUAUGGAACUUUGAUUGAUGGAUUGUGUAAAAUAUGGAAGAUAAAUGUUGCCAUUAAGUUACAUGAAGAAAUUGCUAAGGGGAAUGAAAAAUCUAGUGUUAUUUGUAGGCCAAAUAUUGUUACUUAUAGUUCUAUAAUUGAUGGUCUUUGUAAGGCUGGAUUGGUUGAGAAGGCUAGACAAUUAUUUUUGGAACUUAUGAUUCAGAGAGGUGUGGUUCCUAACAUUUAUACUUAUAGCCUUUUAAUGAAUGGUUAUUGCUUGAAUAAAGAAGUCAAUAAAGCUCUUUAUCUUUAUCGAAAGAUGAUUUCUGAAGGAAUUAGGCCUAAUGUGAUUAUGUAUAACACUUUGUUAACUGGCCUUUUUCUUAAAGGUAAUGUAAAAGAUGCACGAAAUUUAGUUGGUGAGAUGCGACUUAAUGGUGUUUUACUUUAUUCUUGGACAUAUAGCGUUUUCAUUGAUGGACUUUGCAAGAAUGGAUGUGUUUUGGAAGCGGUAGAAAUGUUUAAUACUCUAAUAAAUAAUAAGUUUGCAGUUAAUAUUGAAGGUUUGAGUUCCCUCAUUGAUGGAUUAUGUAAAACAGGGAGAUUCGAAACUGAUUGGGACUUAUUUUAG